AUGGACCUCAGCAAAAAUUCUAAAGAAAAAGUUUUUACAGUGAAACGAAAAAUUUAUAAAGAGUACAGUUAUUUUGGUAGUAGUUCAUCAAUACCAACAAGAACCAAGCAAUAUUGGGCAGCAAAAAAAAAAAACCGGUGUGAAAAUAAUGAUCAUUGUGACGUUUCCAUUUCUACUGUAUCACUGAAUCGGAGCUCAAACGAGUCCUCCAAUGGUAGUGUGAUUCAAGACAUAGAAGAUAAUGAUGAAUGUACAACUAAUACUCCAAAUUGCUUCACUUCACUCAAUAAUGAUGAAGAGGCAGCUAGUUCGAAUGAAAUAUCUGUUCAGCAAAAUAAUAACUUGGUUGAAGAGCAGAAUUUGUCUGUAAACCAAUAUACAUUUUUCCUUCCUUCUACAAGACCAAACUGUAAUACAAUCAUCGUUGACAACAGUUCAUAUUCUACUGAUGAUUUAAUUGCAGCAUUGACUUUUUUAUCUGUAAAAUUACGUCAUAAGUUGACAUAUUCUGCAACUGAAGAUUUUGUACGCGGGAUGUCAAUUUUAAACGAUUUGUUAGUCGUAAAAGCAUCCAAAUACCAUUGGAAAAAUAUCGUGAAUGUUUUCUCUGAUCCCGUAACGAUCCAUCAUCUUUGUCCUGAGUGUGAAUUAUAUUUGGGAGAACAAAAGAAAAAAAUAGCUGAUGAUAUUAAUCGAGAGGCUGAAGUCUUAAUAGAAGACUUUCAUGACCCGAUUGAAGAUGAAUACGACACAAUUCAUUGUGACAGCUGUGAUAAAGACAUCGACAGAAAAUUGAAUAUUUCAUCUGGACAUAGUUUUUUAUACUUUUCUUUAAAAUAUCAACUUGAACAAUUGUUCGAAAAUUCAAAUGUUCAUUGUCAACUACAACAGCAUAGAGAAAAAAUGAAGAAGCAUGCUUUCGAAGACAUCCAAGAUGGCAAGGAAUACAAAAAAAGGAUUGAAAGUGAUAUGAUAAGUAUUACUUUUAACACUGACGGUGUUCCUGUGUUUGAUAGCUCUAAUUGUAGUGCAUAUCCUAUAUUAUGUUCUAUCAACGAAUUACAGCCAUUGAAAAGGAAGAAACAUGUGCUUCUCGCAGGACUUUGGGUCGGAACUGGAAGCCCAAAUUCUCUUCAAGAGUUUUUCAAGCCUUUUGUCUCCGAAGCUGAAGAUUUAUAUCAGAAAGGAUUUGAAUAUAUUGUUGGAGGUAAAAAAUUUGUAAGAAAAUGUUCUGCUCUUUUGAGUGUAAACGACGCUCUAGUUCGCCCGAAACUUCGUAAUUCAAUGCAAUUUAACGAGGAAUAUGGAUGCGGAUUAUGUCUUAAUCCUGGAAAAAGAAUUGAAAAAGGACUAGGUAACGUGCGGAUCUAUCCAAUUGAGUCAAGUAAUGCUUAUGGUGAGGUUUUAAGAACCAAUACUGCGACAAUUAAACACGCAGAAUCAAAAGAGAAAGUGACCGUUCUCACUGGAAAGCUCACGAGUGGGUUGCUUUUUUACUAUUUUAUAUAUGUUGACCACUGGGCACUUCUAGUCGAUGGUAUUUCACUUUUAUUACAAACAUCUAUUAUGCCAUCCGAUAUUUAUUAUGCUUAUAAUUGUUUGAUUGAUUUUAUAAUUGGCGUGAAAGAUUUGUAUGGAGAACAAGAAUUAACUUUCAAUGUCCAUUCACUCGCUCAUCUGGCUUGA